UAAAAACAAACGGGAAAGAACUGACCAAUCAGAGAUCUGCUCGUAACAGCCAAUCAGCAUUCAGUUAGGAUUCCAGUUCGGACACAGUUACCUGUUGAGUCCUCGAAAGUAAAGUAAAGUCACUUCCUGCCGGAAGACAUUCUUCACCUGGAGCAAAGACAUGUCUUCUUUGAGCGGCAAAGUACAGACUGUACUGGGGCCCAUUGACCCAGAUCAGCUCGGAUACACCUUGACCCAUGAACAUUUGACGAUGACCUUCAACUGCUGUUAUUGCCCACCUGCUCCUCACCAGAUGGCUUUAUCUGAGGAGCCCAUUGCAAUGAAGAAUUUGUUCUGGCUGAAACAAAAUCCCUACAGUAGUAAAGAGAACCUUCUUCUUAACCAAGAAAUGGAAGCCGUAAAGGAUGAGUUAUUGUUUUUUAAAUCGGUGGGUGGAGGAAGUAUUGUAGAAAACACAACCACUGGCAUUAGCAGAGAUGUGAGGGCCCUAAAGAAGCUAGCGGAGGAGACGAGGGUGAACAUAAUAUCCGGAGCUGGAUUUUAUGUGGAUGCUACUCAUUCACCGGAGAUGCGCGCCAUGUCUGUGGAACAGCUGACAGAGGUUCUGGUUAAUGAAGUCCUCCAAGGAGCAGAUGGGACAAAUAUAAAAUGUGGUAUAAUCGGGGAAAUAGGAUGUUCCUGGCCAUUAACGGAGAGUGAGAAGAAAGUUCUCCGGGCGACGGCUGAAGCUCAGAUCCAACUUGGCUGCCCUGUAAAUAUCCACCCUGGUAGAGACAGUGAUUGCCCAUUCGAGAUAAUCAGGAUUCUUCUUGAGUCGGGGGCAGAUGUGUCCAAAAUUGUAAUGUCUCAUCUUGAUAGGACUAUAUUUGAUGAGAAGAAGCUGCUUGAGUUUGCUGAGCUCGGAUCUUACCUGGAAUAUGACUUAUUUGGAACAGAAAUGCUGAAUUACCAGUUUAAUAUAGCUGUUGACAUGCCGAGUGACAACGAAAGGAUCAAAACGCUUCGCUUCCUGGUUGAUGAAGGUUAUGAAGACAGAAUCGUAAUUGCCCAUGAUAUCCACACAAAGAACAGGCUUGUAAAAUAUGGCGGGCAUGGAUACUCACACAUCCUCACCAACAUUGUCCCCAAGAUGUUGCUCAGAGGCAUAUCCCAAAACAUCAUUGAUAAGAUAUUGCUGGAGAAUCCAAAAAGAUGGCUGACAUUUAAAUAGAUAUGUUUUAAACAGUAUAAAUCAAGUUAUAUUGAGCAAAAUAUGAUGCAUAUCUGUUGGUCUAGGGCAUAGAUUGAAAAUGCUUUAUGAUAUACAGUGUAAUUAAUCAAAAUAAGAAAACAAAACUUGUAUAUAUUAUACAAAUAUACACUUAAACAAUUGUCUUCAAAAACAAUUUAAUUCCUUCAGGCAGCUGUAGUCAAAGGUCCUUUGAAGCAAAGUAAUAAUAGUAUUGCACAAGUUGUAGAAAAGUAAAGUGAUUCCAAUUAAAUUACUCCCCUCUGGAACAAUUUGAUGUUCCUUGUAAUAUUGAUGAUGCUUGUAAUUAUCCCGCUGUUCUUUAAUUAAUGCUUGAUAAGAAACAUGGCAAUUUAAAUUACUUUCCGGCAAAAAGCUUAGAUGUUGCCUAAAUAUUUUUUCCUUAAAUCAUCUUGGGCAUCUGACGUGUUCUAUUAGUUACAUUGAUUAUCGUCUAUUUAGGGCUAGUUUCUGCCGUGUAAAAUGUUUUUUUUUUUUUUUUUUUUUUGUUUAGUAUGUAAUAAAAAUGUUACGUCAUUUUAUGUCUAUAUAAUAAACGAUCCGAUUUCUGUAUUGUGCCCAGGGUAA